UCUGAACCCCAGGCUGUGCAACUCGGCAGCGCCUCGCCACCCCGUGCUGUACCUCCAGAAAUCCUCGACACCCACACCCUGCGUCUCCCCGAUGUAUGGAACCCACCGACCGCGAGCCAUUGCUAUCUUGCAAGUAUGGCUCUCAUUCAGAAACGCGCGCUCGUCCGAGCCUUGCAAGCCCCCGAGUGCCGGGUGCAUCUCGUAGAGAGGUAUGUGUUGGGUGGAGCGGACAUUGUGAUGGAUCCAGACACAGCUGUGCUAGUUGCGCCGCUGCUAGCGCUUCCCUCUCAAGUUGAAGGACUCGCCGAUCGCAUCUCGCAGUCAUCCUGGCGGUAUACACAUAUCCUUAUCAUUCUUGAGGCAUUCCCAAGCGCAAAUGCAUUUACGGCAGAAAUAAAUACGAACGUCAAACUCAUGCCCUAUGCGUUCUCGCCACCCAUACUCAAAGCAAUUAAGAAGCUCCGCCGGCUCUUGACCAUCGCCGAGGGUUGUGGGACGAAGAAUGCAGGGUGUAAGAUUCAAUGGGCGUUUGCCAAUGAUGUGGGCGAGGCAGCCUUAUUUGUGAGGACGUUUGGGAACUUGGCUCAAGAAUGGGCUUUCAAUGGAAGUGGGAAUGCCCUUUGGGAAGAUCGGGGGUGGCUACAGGUCGACGAGCACGAGGUGUGUCCGCUCCGUGCUUCUCAUUCAGUCCCACAGGGUGUACAUUAUAUUGCUCAUUUCUUUACAGGAUGAAGCGGAUCUUGCGAGUGUGGAGGGCAUGAACCCUUUCGCAGCCUUCGUGAUGCUGUAUCAGGGAUCGCUGCAAGAAAUCCUCGAUAUGUCUCCUGAGAGUCGUGCGGCAGAGUUUUCUAUUCUGGUGGGAAGCCAGCGGAUAGUAAGAUGUUUUGUAUGUUCCGGCGUUCGCAAAUUCAGUGUGAACAUUCCUAGGCCUCUCUAAACGCCAUUAUCGAGCAGCGCACACAAGAGAUGGAUGUAGAUGCGGACCGUUACUGAAUCUGGUCUAUAUUUCAAGGGGGUGGAUGUACCGCAUGGAUGAUUUCAUUUGUGGUAAAUACACCACUUUAGCCGAAUUCAUCUUGACCUUCCUGUGUUGAUCUCUGAUGAGU